AUGGGUGUUAAUAUUAAAUUAGUUUUAAUUGUUUUUAUAGCUGUAAGUGCUAGUGUUAUUGGACAGGAUGAUGUAAUCAAUGGAGAGAGAACUGUUAGUGAUGUUGACAGUAUAAAAAAUGAUAAAGACAAUAAUGUAGAAAAAAUAAACGAACAACAACCAGCGGCAUCACUCCCUAUUGAAGUUAUUUCGGACACAGAAUCUGUACAAGUGAGAAAUGGAAAGUACCAAAUGUUGGAUGACACUAUUGAGGGUGCUGUUUCUGAUUUGACAGCUGUCGAUUUUAAUUCAAAUAAUGUGCAGAAUGAGAGACAGAUUUAUAAUCCCAGUACAACCUCUACAACUAACACUGAGUAUGCUCACAUCGAUGGACGAAUUCUACCUUCGACGACAUACCAGAACAACGGACAGCCUUACGUAAUCACUCAACAGAGGCUAACGCAGAUUCGUGCAAACUUUUUAUACUGGUUCUAUGAUCAAGGAGGCAAUGACAAUAUCGGUGACUAUCAGCGAGAUAUACACACGUCAACACCACAGAUCCACAAGAACUUCAAUUUCCAACUACCGUUCUUCGGCUUCAGAUUUAAUUAUACCAGAUUAUCCAUGAACGGCUACAUUUACUUCAGCGAUCCACCAGACCACUAUACGUAUCCACUUUCCUUCCCUGUUCGAGAUUGGCCCAGUGUCAACGACCCGUCUUUCAUCGGUAUCUUCUUCAGCAAAUGCCGCAUCGGAAAUCAGCGACCCGAAGACCCUGACCAAAGGCGACCAGGAGUUUAUUUUAGAAUGGACAGAGAUUUACAAACCCGAACAGAUCAACUGGGAGUAGAAAUGCGAGAGCGCCUGACCUGGGACAUUCGCGAAGGUGUCAUUGGUUCUGAAACGUUCUUCCCCAAGCACGCCGUCACCAUUACAUGGAAGAAUAUGUCUUUCGCCGGCGGCAUAGACAACUCCCUAUAUGUGACAAAUACCUUCCAAAUGGUGCUGGCGACUGAUGAAGUAUUCACUUACGCGAUUUUCAACUACCUCGAGAUCAACUGGAGCUCUCACACUGAGGCUGGUGGUGAUACUACUACAGGAGAAGGCGGAGUGCCAGCAUAUAUUGGUUUCAACGCUGGAAACGGUACACAAAGCUACGAAUACAAGCCGUACUCUCAAGCUUCCGUACUCAGAGAUCUUACUGGAAGGGGAUGGGCUAACGGUUUCCCUGGAAGACACAUAUUCAGGAUCGACGAAAAAAUACUUAUGGGAACGUGCAAUAAGGAUAUUGAUGGAUCAAAUCUUCCGCUUAUGUUCGCUCCGGAGAGUGGCAACAUGCUCGGUGGCACAAUCGUCAACAUCACUGGCCCUUGUUUCAACCCUAACGACAGGAUCACGUGCCGUUUUGACACUGAGUCCGUCAUCGGAGCUGUGGUCGACGUCAACAGGGCUAUCUGUGUGCAGCCUCGCUUCUGGCACAACGGUUAUGCUAGAUUUGAAAUAGCUAUCAAUAACGAACCGUAUAAAUGGAAAGGGAAAUUCUUUGUAGAAACACCAGCGACAGCUACUGAGAAAAUAUUCUUCCCCGAUAAUUCAAUACACGAACGCAGCCCUCGCGAAAUAAGAAUGACUUGGGAUCGUUUUAACUUGACCACAAAUCUCAACGUCCAGCUACAAAUUAGCCUUUGGGGUUACAAAGAGAUCACAAUCAGGCCGCAACUUGAAUAUAUUGACAUGAUAGAGACAGGCGUUGCCAACACCGGUGAAUACAUAAUAAACCCAGAGAAUUUCCGAAACAGAGAGAAUAUUAUGCACAAUGAUAUGCAGUUCGGAUUCAUUCAGAUUAACUUGACCACGCAGGAAACAUAUAAGGGAGUUACUGUUUCACCGAUUUUGUGGAGUCGACCCAUACCUCUCGGUUGGUACUUUGAUAAACAAUGGGAAAGACUGCACGGUCAACGUUGGCCCCAGACCAUGUGUAACAACUGGCUCCGAACGGACCGUUUCCUCAAGAACUUCGCUUCACAAGUCUGGAUCUGUCCUUGCACACUUGAGCAUGCCCUCUUAGACAAGGGACGAUUUAUGCCUGAUUUGGCUUGUGACAAAGAUACAAAUCCAACCUGUAGAUAUCACUGGGGAGGAGUGCAUUGUGUCAGAAGUGGUGCCCCCAGUUCGGAAGGUUCGGGUCAACAGUGUUGCUAUGAUAAGAAUGGUUUCCUUAUGUUGUCAUACGACCAAAUGUGGGGUUCGCGUCCACAACGAUCUCAUGACUUCGGAUUUACACCUUAUAAUGAAGCCAAUAAGGUACCAUCUUUAUCCCACUGGUUCCACGACAUGAUACCCUUCUAUCAAUGCUGUAUGUGGCAAGAGGAACAAGCCGUAGGUUGUGAGACCUUCAGAUUUGAACGGCGGCCUUCACAAGAUUGUGUCGCUUACCAAUCUCCAGGAGUGGCGGGAAUAUUUGGCGAUCCACAUAUUAUAACCUUUGAUGACCUGCAGUAUACAUUCAACGGCAAAGGUGAAUACGUACUCGUGCGAGUGGACCACCCGCAUUUGAAGCUCGAUGUACAAGGACGGUUCGAGCAAGUGUCCAGGAACAUUUACGGUCCGGUCAAUGCCACACACUUAACAUCGGUAGUUGCCGCAUCCAACAACUCCGUUGCGAUUGAGGUUCGACUGCGGCCUCAGCAUGCCCAAUGGCGGUACAGACUCGACGUCUUCGCUGACAACAAACGAAUCUACUUUGAUCGUACAUCUCUUAGAGUACAAUAUUUCCCUGGUGUCACUGUUUACCAGCCAAUGUAUAUUCUAAAUCAAUCGGAAAUUGUUAUAAUGUUUUCAUCGGGUGCCGGUAUAGAAGUAGUAGAAAACAAAGGUUUUAUGACGGCCAGAGUGUACCUUCCAUGGAAUUACAUGAAUCAAACUAGAGGCUUGUUCGGCAACUGGUCUCUAGACAUGAAUGAUGACUUCAUGCGUCCGGAUGGAACAAUUGUCAAUAUCGAUGUCAAUAACUUCCAGUCAGCUCAUAGAGAUUUCGCUCAGUAUUGGCAACUGACUGACCGGGAGCAAAGAGAUAUAGGCGUGGCGAUGUUCGUAAGGGAAUACGGUCGGACGGCAGCGUACUACAAUGACGAUCAGUUUAUUCCGAACUUUAUACGAGAGCCGGCGGACUUCUUGCCAGCGAAUAGAUCAUUCGACGUGACGCGAGCCAUAGAAAUUUGCCAGGACUCAUAUCAGUGUCGAUACGACUACGGUAUGACACUAAAUAGAGAUAUGGCGGAGUUCACGAAGAAUUAUCUGGCUUCACUUACUAACAUUAAAGAACAAAACGCUCGACGCGUCAUCAGCUGCGGAAUUUUGGAGACUCCUCGUUUCGGGAGAAAGAGCAACUUCUUCUUCACGCCCGGAACUAGAGUCAAUUUCGAAUGCAACCAAGACUUCAUCCUGAUCGGUGACAAACGACGCGUGUGUGAAGACGACGGUCGAUGGAAUCUGCCUGACUACGGAUACACAGAGUGCCUCCGUAACCAAGAGUACUCACAACGCGCUCUAUUCUUGACUUGGGGCAUCAUCGUGGCAGUUAUUGUACCAUUAGGCCUCCUAAUUUGUCUGAUCUGGUUUUGGUGUUGCUACAAACCGAAAUCCGAAGGCAAAGAAGGAUUCCGCUUCGAGAACAUUCCACGAUCGAAAUCCGCCUCUCGACUAAAUCUAAGAUCAUCUUCAAUGGGAAACAUCACAGAUACGAUGAAAUCAUCCACUUUGCGUAGCCAAUACUCCGACGAAAAAUCUAAAUUACCUGUCACUCCUACUGAGGAAACGCCGAUUGAGGCAAAUGUUGCCAGAUCCGCGCCACCUCCACCAACUGACGGGGAAAGCUCAGGUUUAGGCUAUACGGAUUCUAAUAAAAGUGAAUCCGGAAAAUCAGAUAAAUCCUCAUCAUCCAAAAAGCGUCGCGGUUACGACAAAACCUACCGCACUAACGAGCCUUUACCUAACGCACCCGACGUUGAAUUCCCAGACAAACCUUGGGAUUUAUCCGAGGAAGACUUGCUUUCAAUAACAUCUCCUUCAGACUCUGAAUCUAAUCGUGACUCGACACUAACCCGUCCAGCUAAAGACAUAGAAUACGUGAGCAAGCCCCGUCAGACGGGACGCCACCCUAUUCCUAGUGAUUCUGGUUAUUCCACGAAAGAUGGUUCUGAAGAUCCCUAUACACCUAAAUACGAGGGCCAAUAUAGCCCCAUUCCGUCUCAUUAUUCGCCCACUUACUCGGAAAUUUACUCACCACCGAUCAGUCCCACUUCUGACUUAAGCCCGCGAAAUACUUAUAACAACCCUGGUUUACCAGAAGCUCCAAAAAGUGCACCACCCUCUGAAAUAAAAACAUUCACUAUGCCUCCUAAAAAGGGCAAAUCGGUAGAGACUCUAAUUGAUCCACCAGUUGCUGAAGUACCGACUUUUAGCAGCCGAUCGACUAUGGUGUAA